UGCAUUCACCUCUCAGGCAUCAGUUCAACUUGAAUUUUUUCCACAUACAAAUCAAUAAUUAAAACCACAAGACCAACCAACAUGAAACUCCUAUCGGUUGCUUUUCUGCUCGGUCUGCUGGCUUUGGCAAGUGCUACGCCUUUGAGUCCUGAUGUGGUCAUCAAUGGAGAUUGCAAAGUCUGCAAUGUGCAUGGUGGCAAGUGAGGUGCACAACAAAAAUACUACACCACUAUGUUCAUUAUCAACAAAGUAUAAUUUGUAUUGAAUAAAAAAAAUAAACAAAUAAUGUAACUAAUAAUGCAGUUCACAACUA